AAUCGCGAUUUGAAAAUCUUAAGAUGGCGCAGCCCUGUUUAUCGCUUUGUGUUUCUCCUCUGUCAGCUGCAGCAGCUGCAGUUAGUUGAUCGUUCUACCACGAUAAACGCAUCUUUUUACCUAAAUGUAUUUUCACCGAAGUCACGUUAUCGGAAAAUAGCGGAGAAUUCACGGAGAAAUUGGCCAAGUCGCAUCGCAUUGCGUUUAUUACUCGAGAGAACAAUCCCGACAUGAAGGUGACGAUAAAGAGUUGGACAGGCGUCGCCACCUGGCGAUGGAUCGCAAACGAUGACAACUGCGGUAUAUGCAGGAUGCCGUUCGACGCCAGCUGUCCAGAUUGCAAGAUCCCUGGAGAUGACUGUCCACUAGUGUGGGGGCAGUGCUCGCAUUGUUUCCAUAUACACUGCAUCAUGAAGUGGCUGCACUCGCAGCAGACCAACCACAUAUGCCCGAUGUGUCGUCAGGAGUGGAAGUUCAAGGAGUAACCGCCGCUUAUCCCGCAGGCCCGCAGGUGUCAGCACGCAGCGAGUGAUCAGUAUUCAAGAAAGGAUUGCGAUGUCUUCCCUGCAAGGAUUACCCCCGUUACCAAGAAGCUUGAGUGGCUU